AUGAUCACUUCUCAAUUGCUGGCUUAUGUGGCAACUUCAAUCUUCUGCAUCUUAAAAGUCAGUGCUGUGGAUAAAUUUAUUGCAGCUGUUUAUGAACAUGCAGUGGUGUUGCCUAACACCUCCCUGACGCCAGUGUCCUGUGAAGAGGCACUGGCCCUGAUGAAGCUCAACCUGGAUCUUCUGCAGAGAGCCAUCACAUCUGCAGCAAAGCAGGGUGCACAUAUCAUUGUGACUCCAGAAGAUGGUAUUUAUGGCUGGAAUUUCACCAGGGAAACGAUCUAUCCAUACUUGGAGGAUAUCCCAGACCCUCGAGAGAACUGGAUUCCUUGUAAUGACCCCAACAGAUUUGGCCACAACCCAGUGCAAGAAAGACUCAGCUGCCUGGCCAAGAACAACUCUAUCUAUGUUGUGGCAAAUAUCGGGGAUAAGAAGCCAUGCAAUGCCAGUGACCCUCAGUGCCCCAUUGAUGGUCGUUACCAAUACAACACUGAUGUGGUGUUUGAUUCUGAAGGAAAAUUGGCGGCACGCUACCACAAGCAAAACCUUUUCACAAGUGAAGAACAUUUCAAUUCACCCAAGAGGCCUGAGGUCGUGACUUUCAACACCACUUUUGGAAAGUUUGGCAUUUUCACCUGCUUUGAUAUACUCUUCCAUGAUCCUGCUGUGACCCUGGUGAAAGAUUUCCAUGUAGACACCAUACUCUUCCCUACAGCUUGGAUGAAUGUUCUACCACAUUUGUCAGCUGUUGAGUUCCAUUCAGCUUGGGCUAUGGGCUUAGGGGUCAAUUUCCUUGCAGCCAAUCUCCAUCACCCACUGAAGGAAAUGACAGGAAGUGGAAUCUAUGCACCGGAUUCUCCAAGAGCAUUUCAUUAUGAUAUGAAGACAGAGGAGGGAAAACUACUACUUUCCCAACUGGAUUCCCAUCCACCCCGUUCUGUUGUGAAUUGGUCUUCAUAUGCCAGGAGUAUAGAAGCAUACUCAACAGAAAGCCAGAAAUUUAAAGGCAUUGUUUUUUUUGAUGAAUUCACUUUCGUGGAGCUCAUGGGAGUCACAGGAAAUUACACAGUUUGUCACAGAGAUCUCUGUUGUCAUCUAAGCUACAAGAUGUCUGAGAAGAGAUCAGAUGAAGUUUAUGCCUUAGGGGCAUUUGAUGGACUACACACUGUUGAAGGGAACUAUUACUUACAGGUUUGUACUAUGUUGAAGUGUGAGACAACUGACUUAGAAACUUGUGGUGACUCAGUUGAGACAGCUUCCACCAGGUUUGAAAUGUUCUCUCUCAGUGGCACUUUUGGAACACAAUAUGUCUUUCCUGAGGUGUUGCUCAGUGAAGUUCAGCUUGCACCUGCAGAAUUUCAGGUGUCAAACGAUGGACGCUUGUUUAGCCUGAAACCAACAUCUGGACCUGUCCUAACAGUAACUCUGUUUGGGAGGUGGUAUGAGAAGGACGGGGAAUUAAAUACUUCAUCAGACCUCAAGGCACAAGCCCUAGGGUGAUGAUAAUAGCUCUAACAUCUAUUGCAUACUUAUUCAAUUGGUA